UACACAAACGCAGACAGGUGAGCAGAGUUGACAGAGUUGUUGUUGACCGUCCCUAAUCGGAUUAUUUGACAUGAGAGGACACGACUUGUUCAUCUGAGAAGGAAAGAGACGAGGCUUCGGAUUCUCAUCUCUACUAGCGUCUUUUCUUUUUGGAAAAUGCCUCUCUUUAUAAACCGGGAUCAAAUAUUUGCGCACCAGGUACAUCUGCUGGAGCACAAACUGAGGAGUAAAGAAGAGCGAAUACUGGAGCUGGAGACAGAGAAUGCUAUUCUUCAUUUAAGACUUGCAGAGUGUUUGGGGAAACUACGUCGGGAGCGAGAAGAGGAGAUCAAGGCCCUGAACCAUCAUCAGCACCAGCGGGAUGCACAGAAUAUAACCCGGUCAGCCCUCACCAAACUCCUGUCUGAGGUCCAGGCUGUGAAGCAGGACCUGAGUGAGGUGUUUGCAGUUUAUGUGAGUUUUGCCACAGAGCUGGAGGAACAGAGCAAGCAGCUAAUGGGGAAGGUCGAGCAAGUCAGCUCCUCCCUAAAUAGUCACUGUGGAGACGAGAUUCAGAAUUUACAGGCCCAUGUUGCAGGUCUGGAGCGCUCUCUGGAGGAGGAGAAAGAGAAGUGCAGGGCAGAGCGCCAGAGGAGGAAAGAACUUCACAACACACUGGUGGAGCUGAGAGGUAACAUCAGAGUUCACUGCAGGGUGCGACCAGUUCUGCCCUUUGACCACAUCCAGUCCUCGACAUCUGGAUCAGGGCCUGCGUCAUCAGAGGAAGUGGUUUAUGCAAUCAGUGAUGACACAGUGAUGGUGAAUGGCCUGAAAACAGGGAUGCCAAUGCAAAACAAGAUGUUUGAGUUUGAGAGGGUGCAUGGACCAGAGGAUUCCCAGGAUGCCGUGUUUGAGGAAGUCAAGCCACUCCUUACAUCUCUGCUGGACGGCUACAAUGUUUGUAUCAUGGCGUACGGACAGACAGGCAGUGGGAAGACUCACACCAUGAUGGGAUCCCAGCCACUACAUGACCACUCAAGGACACAGCAGGAGGCACAGCAGGGUAUUAUCCCUAAGGCUGCUGCUGAGCUGUUUCGGCUGAUCUCUGAGAAGCCUGCAGAGAGCCACACGGUGGAGGUGUCAGUGAUGGAAGUGUAUAACAAUGAGGUGUUUGACCUGCUGGCCAGAGAUGAGCAGGGGAACGCUGCCGGCCAGCGCAGGGACGUCAUCACCACCUCCUCUGGUGCCAUCCAGGUCACCUCCCUUACAUACGUGCCUGUGUGUAGCGCCUCUGAAGUGAUGCAGGUCAUCAGCAGUGUUCUGAAACUCAGGGCUCACUGUCCCACCCUUGUCCAUACCGACUCUUCACGCUCUCAUCUCAUUGUAACCCUCACCAUUUCCUCCAAGAGCCCCAAUGCAUUGGCCCUGGCCCGUAGGCUACAGAGUGCCAAGAAGGACAUGCAACGAUCCAACCAGAAGGAGUGGUGGAGUCCACGCUGUCGCCGUGCCAAUCCUGCUGCCCGCCACUCAUCUGACGAACUCUUUGCAAGCUCUGCCUCCUCUCCCUGCCCUUCACCUUCCUAUUCCCCAUGUCCAUCCCCCAGGAACAGUAUCACACAGGCUCCAUUCAGGACCAAGCUGCAGCUGGUGGACCUGGCAGGGAGUGAGUGUGUUGGUAUGUCUGGAGUUUCGGGUGCUGCUCUGUGGGAGUUGUCCUGUAUAAAUCGCAGCCUCUCUGCUCUGUCUGAUGUCCUGGGAGCUUUGGCUGAACAGAGGCCACAUGUCCCAUACAGGAACAGCAAACUGACUCAUCUACUUCAGGAUAGCAUAGGUGGCGAUGCCAAGUUGUUGGUGAUGCUGUGUGUCUCUCCCACGCAGCGCUUCAUCACCGAGUCCCUGCAGUCUCUGGGAUUAGGCACACGAGCCCGUCAGGUGCAGAAGGAGCAACCGCGGAAGAAGAAUAACACCCUCAAAGUUAAGUGAUGAGACAGAGAAAGAUUUCAUCCUUAGCAGCUGCUGUGGCAGAAUAUAUCCUUUAACAGUGAUGCCGAUAGAGCAGAUUUAAGAGUUUAAGAUGCAUACCUGCUAAUUUGUUUUUAUUUUACAUUAGUAUUAAAUGUAUGACUAUCUUUGGGCUCUUGAAAGAUUGACAAUCAAAGUUCACGGCCUUAAACAAUAUCAGACUAACUUAUUGUGGUCAUUAGACAUCUUAAUUUAUCACCAGGUUACUUGGUGCUGCAUAUAAUAUCAAAAUCCUAAACUAUAUAAAUAAUAGUAGUAAUAAUGUAAUAUCAGUUUCCUUACUCUGCAGAUUUGAUGGUUUUAGUAGUGAUUUUAAUUAGGAAAUAUGUUGGUUGUGCCAGCAUUGUUGCUAUAUUUCUGUUUUUCAAUAGAUCUUGGUAGCACUAAAUGUCAUAAAUAGGCUGAAGCUGCAGAUACUUUGUAAUACACAUUGUUAAUGUGUAAUUAAGCCUGGCAUUACUAAGGGUGCUGAAUAGCUAUACAUAACAUUAAAAUUAUAGACAGGUAGGAUUUCAAUAACAUUCCACUUUAUUAAAUUCCCUUUCAUGCACACCACUUUUAAGAUCUAGAUCAUGCUAAUACUGAAUUGUUACAAAUUGUAAAGCAAAGGCUUUUUGAGUAAGGUAGUCUAUUUAUUCAUCUGUAAUCAUUGAAACACUCGAUGCUCAUGCUAUGCCUUCUCCUUUUUAGUGUUUUGAUGCAACUGUGUUUAUACAGUAUUUAUACACAUUUCCAUGUAUUCUGUCUCUGUAAUCAUCACUUUUUUGUUAUAUAUUACACAUCUUUCAAACACCUUGAUAGAAUAGUCUCAAUAGAAAGUGGUCAGUAUUCAUUUAAAAUAAACAGAUGAUAUGCUGAGAUAUAUGCCUUUUUGUA